GUCGCCGCCGGGUUCCUGCGCCGCCGUGGAACCCGGCUCCCCUAGCUGCGGAGAGAGGCGCCACCUGCCCCGUCCAGCCGUCACGCGCAGGAUUUGGCUGGGUCACCCGUUAACUCCUUCCUGCCUUGGCUUCAUUCCCCCCUCCUUGAGCUGGACACCCCCCACCUCCAAGCACGCUGAAGGACAGCUCUGGAAUUUCGGUUGUGGGACGUGCGCUGUGUACUCAGGCGGGACGUGCGCUGGGGGAUUUUCUUGCGGGCACAGAUGGAGAUGAUGGGGGCCACAUCCCCACCGCCCCCCACCAGGGCCCAUCACCAGCCCCACUCUUUCUGAACUCACCAAGGACCCCUCACAACUCGUCUCUGUGGUUGAGCUUGACUUCAGGUUUGCGGUGCUGCAGAAUCAGCUUUGAACUGUGAGGCGGGGCCACCUCAUCUCAACUGUUCAGCUCCCACCAGGACCAAGCUGGAGCCCCGUCCUUGUCCCCUUUAAAUUCCCUGUAUUAGUAACCCUGCUCUGAUCUAGCCCUUACUCACCUCCUUCCUGUUUCUUAAAAACCCUUCCCACGUUCCCCAGACCGAGCCCUUCCUCUCUUUCAUCCCCCACAGGACACCUCCUUUUCCGUAAUCUUCUCCUCACUGUUUACCUUACUUAUUUCCUUACUUCUUACUGGGGUCCUAGGAAAUGCUAGCACCCCCAUCCAUAUUGCCUGGUCUUUUCAACACUCCCUAACUGUAGACUAUCCUAUCUCAACACUAUCCCAUACAUUUCCACCCCACCAUUACUUCAGCAUGGCCACGCUUACUUUCUACAUCCUCCGCAAAUCUCUCUCUCUCACCACUGCCCACUGAUGCCUUCGUCUCCUCUAUAAACACCAUAAACACCCCCCUCAGUCAAUUUUGUGUGACCCCAAUACUCCUCCAUUUAUGCUCUGAUUGGGUUCAUAAAACCUCCUUGACAAAGACCUUUGUUAAUCCUGCCAUCCCCCAAACCUCCCUCUUGUCGUAAUUCUAUCCCUCCUCCAACUUUUCCCUCUCAAGCUCUAUCCUUCCCUGCCCAGCCUGGCCCACGAUUCGUGGUCAGCCUCAUCUCUUCGCUGUGGACUGCCUCCCACCAUGUUCCCCUGAGCCUCCAAGGAGGGGGCUCAGGGGGCCUGAUGGCCUCCCGCCACCCAUGGCCCCACAGCCCCCGUGGGCCAGGGGAAGCAUCUCAAAAGCCUCAGUGCCGAGGAUGGGCAACCGCACGUGGGAGGGCUGCCACGUGGACUCCCUCGUGGACCACCUCUUCCCACCCUCCCUCUACAUCUUUGUCAUCGGCGUGGGACUGCCCACCAACUGCCUGGCCCUGUGGGCUGCCUACCGCCAGGUGCGGCAACACAACGAGUUGGGUGUGUACCUGAUGAACCUCAGCAUCGCCGACCUGCUGUACAUCUGCACGCUGCCGCUGUGGGUGGACUACUUCCUGCACCACGACAACUGGAUCCACGGCCCCAGCUCCUGCAAGCUCUUCGGGUUCAUCUUUUAUACCAACAUCUACAUCAGCAUCGCCUUCCUCUGCUGCAUCUCCGUGGACCGCUACCUGGCCGUGGCCCACCCACUGCGGUUCACCCGCCUGCGCCGCGUCAAGACGGCCGUGGCCGUGAGCUCUGUGGUCUGGGCCACGGAGCUGGGAGCCAACUCGGCACCCCUGUUCCAUGAUGAGCUCUUCCGCGACCGUUACAACCACACCUUCUGCUUCGAGAAGUUCCCCAUGGAGGGCUGGGUGGCCUGGAUGAACCUCUACCGGGUCUUCGUGGGCUUCCUCUUCCCGUGGGCCCUCAUGCUGCUCUCCUACCGCGGCAUCCUGCGGGCUGUGCGGGGCAGCGUGUCCACCGAGCGCCAGGAGAAGGCCAAGAUCAAGAGGCUGGCCCUCAGCCUCAUUGCCAUCGUGCUGGUCUGCUUUGCGCCCUACCAUGUGCUCCUGCUGUCCCGCAGCGCUGUCUACCUGCGCCACCCCUGGGACUGUGGCUUCGAGGAGCGUGUCUUCUCGGCAUACCACAGCUCACUGGCCUUCACCAGCCUCAACUGUGUGGCCGACCCCAUCCUCUACUGCCUCAUCAACGAGGGCGCCCGCAGUCACGUGGCCAAGGCCCUGCACAACCUGCUCCGCUUUCUGGCCAGCGACAAACCCCAGGAGAUGGCCAACGUCUCGCUCACCCUGGAGACCCCGCUCGCUUCCAAGAGCAACAGCAUGGCCAAGGCCAUGGCAGCCAGCUGGGUGGCCGCUCAGCCCUCCCAGAGGGACCAGGUGCAGCUGAAGAUGCUGCUGCCGGCACAGUGAACCUCAUGUCGUGCAGAGCCUCCACUCCUCCAUACGAGUCCCACCCUCCCUUCCCUCCUGGUCCGGUGUAUGCAAAUUGUAUGUAAAUAAGACUACAUUAAUAUCCAUAA